GCAGAGAGCAGUUCUACCAGAUGCCACUGCAGGUGACCUCAGCAAAGGCGGAGUGAGAAGGAAGAAGUGGGGAGGACUCCUUCCUCCCCUAAGUUGCUCUGGCCUCCCUGGGGCUGCACGUGUUACUCUGGGGGUCCCUGGGCCUUGAUCUUCUUAGGUUCCAGCAGCAGAAACAUGAGGUUUUGGAGUCUCUUCCUCCUGGUGGUGCUCCUGGCUGUGGGGGGCCAGCUGCCUGCUGCCUCUGGCCGGAAGAAGGGAGAGAGAGCAGGGGCCUGCCCGCCAGAGGAUGGGCCCUGCGUCAUAUCGGUGCCUGAUCAGUGCCAGGAAGACAGCCAGUGUCCCUCAACCAUGAAGUGCUGCUUCCAAGCUUGCUUCCGCCACUGUGUCCCCCGGAUCUUGGUGAAACGGGGCGGCUGCCCUGAGGACCAGCUGCAGUGCCUGAGCCCCACGGAGCACCUGUGUAACAAGGACUCAGACUGCUCAGGCAAGAAGCGGUGUUGCCACACCUCCUGCGGCCGGGAAUGCCGAGAUCCUGCCAGAGGCUAAUUCUGGUUUAGGAUCCAUGGGUCUGCACUGCAGGUGGGAGCAGCAGAAAGAGUUGAUGAUGGGAAUCCUGGGGCCUCCCAUCCCUGCCAGCAGCAGUUCCAGCCUUGUGAUAGACACUGGCCUGCCAUCAGCUCCCUGCAACCCAGCCACUGAAGGCCUCUGUAGCACCCAGUACCCUGCACCACUGCCACACUCAGCUGCCCACCCUUCCCAGCACCCGCUUUCACCUCUCUCUGCACAUGUUGUUUCCUCCACCUAAAAUGCCCAAUUCAGGCAGGCCCUUCUUUGUAGAGCCCCAUCCCCAGCCCCAGGCAGCCCAACUGCCCAGAACGUAUGUUCUAGCAGAGUUUUCCAAACAUCAGUCUGUUCACAUACACCUCUUUCACGAUUCUCACCGUAUCUGCAAACCGGUGUUGUGAUAUGUUGCAUCCUGCCUGUACUAUUUACUCAUGUUUUUCUUUAAAUGACUCACUUUUGUAUGUGAAUAAACUUAUUUCCAACGAAAA